AUGGGCAAAUCCUUCACCUUCAUUGUUGACCACACGGCUCGAGCUGAUCUUGCGUCUAAGCGAAAGCUCAGGCGCCGUCGAGGAGCAUGUGGGAAUUGCAAACGCAGAAAAGUGGCAUGUAAUGGAGCGAUCCCAUGCCAGCAUUGUCAUAAAGCGUCUAUCAGCUGCCAGUACGCUGAAAGCAACCGCUCCACCAGAAACACAGCCCCAAUUAGCGAGGUCGAUACCACAAUCCGGCAAACAAUAACUCCAGACGUCAGCACAUCAUCAAGUCCACAGGAUCUUGAAAACACGGACUUCUUUCCAGACAAUCUCACAAACGUCUUGACUCCCGAUUUCUAUUGCGAUGAACUAGCCCAUGUGUCCGUCUCAGAUGAUCCUAUGGAUCUGUUCCACUGGAAUCAAUUAGGAGAAGCUUUUGGUGGACCGAUCCCCGGUCCGAUUCCUGGACCCUCUCCCCGCUGCGAACAGCUGGAGAGUGCCGGAAGUUACGAGGAUAUCAGUAGUACUGGCUUAGAUUCCGAUUAUUACUCUCAAGAUGAUACGCAAUACGGAUAUAGCAUGAACGAUCUGUCAAGAGACCAGACAUCAUCAACCUCAAUCACCGUUACCGGUAUGGGCAAGCCCUAG